GUACAUUUAAAUUCAAACCAAAAGUGCGUUAUAUCCAAACCAAAACCAACGGUCAAUUCCUUUCAAAAACCUCUCCACUCUCUUCUCAUCAAUUUCACAAAUCUUCCGCAAUUCUCGAAAACCUGUCUCAAAAAUCCAAUCUUUCUUCCAUCAAUGGCUGCCACUUCCCUUUGCCACCCAUCCAACGAUCCCAAAACCCCCAACAAACCCUCAAACAACCCCACUUCAGUUUCCAACGUGAGGGUCAUAGUUAGGGUUAGACCCUUUCUUCCUCAGGAAUUCACAUCAAAUAACAACCGAGUUUCUUGCAUUUCACUUUUAGAUCAUCAAGAUUCUCAAUCUCAAGAUGAAGUUGCAGUUUAUCUCAAAGACCCAUACACCAGUCGUAGUGAGUGUUACCAAUUGGACUCUUUCUAUGAUCAAGAAGACGACAAUGUUUUUCGGAUAUUUGAAACGGAAGUGAGCCCCAUGAUGCCUCAUAUCUUCAAUGGAUGCAAUGCGACUGUGUUUGCUUAUGGGGCUACUGGCAGUGGGAAGACUUACACUAUGCAGGGAACUGAAGAACAUCCUGGCUUGAUUCCGCUAGCAAUGUCAAAUAUCAUUUAUAUGUGUCAAAGCACUGGAAGCACAGCACAUCUAUCAUUCUAUGAGGUCUACAUGGACCGAUGUUACGACCUCUUAGAGUUAAAAGCAACCGAGAUUUCAGUUUUGGAUGACCAAGAUGGUCAAAUUCAUCUUAGAGGGUUGUCUCAAGUUCCUGUAAGAACAAUGUCAGAGUUUCUAGAUGUUUUUGCCAGCGGUGUUCAGAGGCGCAAAGUUGCACAUACAGCUCUCAAUGAUGUUUCCAGUAGGAGUCAUGCAGUGUUUGUGAUAUCUGUAGUAUCUACUCCUGAUGAGACAGGAAGAUCUGUAUGUGGAAAGCUGAAUCUCAUCGACUUAGCAGGUUACCGUCCACUCAUUUGGAAUAACAGAUUUGAUUUAUUGCAAGCAACAGAAAGUGGUAAUUUGUUUAUGGUUGAUGCAGGUAAUGAAGAUAACAGAAGGAGCUGCAAUGAAGGGAUACGUCUUCAAGAGAGCACUAAGAUAAAUCAGUCCUUGUUUGCACUGUCGAACGUGAUAUACGCGUUGAACAACAACCAACCAAGAAUACCCUAUAGAGAAAGCAAAUUGACCCGUAUAUUACAAGACUCUCUAGGGGGAACGAGUCGUGCGCUGAUGGUUGCUUGCCUGAAUCCAGGAGAAUACCAAGAAUCUGUUAAUACCGUUGGUUUGGCUGCUCGAUCAAGGCAUGUCUCUAAUUUUGUACCUUCAGCUCAUAAACUUGAGACGCCAAAAGCUAAUGUUGACAUGGAAGCCAAAUUGAGAUCUUGGCUAGAAUCAAAAGGCAAGGCAAAAGCCUCACAGCAAAGACUUGGGCCAUUUAAAUCUCCAAUUAUGAAAAAAACUCCAGGUUCCAUAAUGACCUCUGCUAAGAAGUCAGUUACUUUCUGUACUUCAGUGAAGAUGGAAAGAACUUCCAUCAACCAAGAUGCUCAAAAUACUACUGAAAGGACCUUUGCUGAUUCUUUUAGAAAUUUGAUGGAUGAUGAAGCUGCUUUUGAUUCUUUCAAUGAGGACAAUGAUAGGAGAGAGAUUGAGCAUGAGGUCAAUAAGGCUGCGUUGGAGACACAUCGAAAUCUACCCGUUGAGCCAUUAAGCAACGGGGUGAACUCGCAAAUUACCAAUAUGAGUAAAGAUGCAGUACUACAAAGUCCAUUAAGCAAAGGGGUGAACUCGCCAAUUGCAAAUGUGAGUAAAGAUGCAGUACUACAAAGUCCAUUAAGCCAAGGGGUGAACUUGCCAAUUGCAAAUGUGAGUAAAGAUGCAGUACUACAAAGUCCAUUAAAAGAAGCCCUCACCCCAAUCAACACUAACUCAACUUUGACACAAACACCUUUUUCUGCUACAUCUACUAAUAACGGAUUGCAGCAAAAUGAAACUCCACUUGACAAAUUCAGUGCACGAAGUUCUGCAAUAAAGAAAUGUCUAGUUCAAGAAUACAUUGAUUUGUUAAACAAUGCAAGCAGAGAGGAACUACUAGAGCUAAAGGGCAUAGGGGAGAAAAGGGCAGAAUACAUAAUAGAACUCAGAGAAGAAAGUCCACUAAAAUCGUUAAGUGACUUGGAGAAGAUUGGCCUCUCUUUGAAGCAGGCUAAGAACCUGUUCACUAAAUCUGCAAAAAAGCUCUUUGAACAUAAAGAAGAAGAUUCAACAAUGGAUUAACUUCCAUUCUAAAAUUGUGUGUGAUUUCCAUGUUAUGGUCUUUAAGCUAAAGAACCAAGUGUAGUUUCUUAUUGUGUGUUUUGUAGCAUUGUUGCCACUAGCAACAUAUUUCUGGUUGUUGUAUGUUAGUAUUGGAAUAACAAGUGCUUAUUUCAGCUUGUUGUGUAUUACAGUGUUGUUGUAAGAAGACAAGACAGCACAAAAAUAUUUUACUCUGCAUUAACAAAAAAGUGUGAUUCUCUCUUUCAA